GGACAGUGGAAUGGAUGAGCCGUCGUUUUCAUUGUUCUGCGAUGAAGAACUCCUCUUCUUCUUUUGGCUAACAAUUUUGAAACCAUUUUCACAACCAAAAAGUUUCAAUUACUUAUCGAUGCAACAUCUUCUUCUCACUCUGUCAUCGCUAGAGAAAUUUCAUUUAUAACCCUUCCCUCUAUUCAAAUCCUCCUCUAAUUUCAGAAAAAUUUGUGUUGUCUUUACAUGAAGAAAACCCCAAUGUUAAAAAAUUUCCAUUUUAAUGAUUCAUUAUUUGUUGAUUUUGCAGGUUUGGUCAAUAUACAUGCAGAUUGGAUUUCCCUCCAAAGGGAUAAGAUAAGAACAAGAGGUUUGAACUAAAAGGCAACAAGAAUGUAUUGGGGGAGUUUCACAGUGGCUUUAUGAACAAUGGAGAAAGAACUGGUGAGGGAUGGUUAAUUUGUUUCCUAUUUCAUUUAUGCACCUUAUUGAAAAUGAACUAAUAUGCAUCAGCUCUGUUUUGGAGGUUGUGGUUUAAUUUCAUGCCUUGAGUGAUCAUAACAUGGUUUAUUAUUGAGAGUACUUUGUCCGUUAAAAUGAUUUGUAUAUAUGGUAUGAUUUGCACCAGUGUAUCUUAUAAUAAGAUCUGAACCAUGUCUUUCAUAAACUUUAUUACGGUUCCUUUUGCAGGUUCUACUAACCGAAAUUAAUUCAAGGUUUUUCAUUUUACUUGAGAAGAGACUUUUGGUUGUGGAAAAAGGCUUUGCUACACCGCUGCCACAAAUAUCAGCUACAACUGCAGAAGUGAGAGAUAAUGGAGUUUGAAUGGUCACAUUUAGGUAAGUUGAACUUUUUUUGGCUUUGUCAGUUUAUGUUAACCUCAAACAGUCACAAAGAUGAUCAUUUGAAUUCACAUGGUUCAAGAAAACUCAUUGAUUGAAAUGCUAUAUUGUUUUUUAUAUGUUGAAUUAGAAUUUUUUAUAAUAUGGUUUUCUUGCUUUUUUAUAAUAUAUUGUUUUUGCAUCAAUACAUUUUUUUCUUGGUGUUUGAAAUUUGCAGAAGCAUAAAUUAUUCAAUAUUUUUUAUUAUUUAUUUAUAUAAGAAUAGGACUACUGUGUUGUGAAUGGUUUGUCUACUUUAACUCCAUGCUUCGGGUUAAAUUAGAUGUGUUGAAGCUAUAGUCUCAUUUUGAAUCAGCUCCUUAUGUUUACAAUGACUACCAUAUUUAUUUAUCUUUUUCCCAAGAUACAAUUCCUUUAAUUAUUAGUCAUAUCAAGUUUCUGUAUUUUGAAAUUUGGAUUCAAUCGUAUAAGCAUUGAACUGAAACUUGCAAUGUUUCAGACUCAUUGUGCCUAAUUUAAUGUUUCCUAAUAUUGUGUUUCUAUUUUGAGUAAAUGGUUUUAUGUGUUGUGUAUCAUGGUUUGUUUUAGUUUGUGACUUUUGGUUCUUGGUUUGCAGGUAGUUUUAUUUACAAGUGAAAUCAUUUGAGUGAGUUGUGUUUUAAAGGUAGUGUACAUCUUCGUGUUAAGUUAUUUUUUUUAUUAUAACAUGGAGGACAAAUUUUGAGGUUUUGAAUCAGGUUAUAGUUUGCCUUUUGUAUAUUUGUAUAUUUAAUUUAAGUUUUACAUGUUAAAUCAAAUUGAGUAUGUACAAUUUAUUCUAUUUUUAUUAUCUUCAUAAGCAUAAUGAUUUAUGUCUACAUUAGGUAAAUAUAUUGUUCCAUAAAGUAUCUAUGUCACAGGUUGAAAAAUGAAACUUUUUUCUAUUUGCCUCUUUCAUCUGUGACUCAAAAUGUUGGACUACAUGAAUGUCUACUGAAAUUAGACGUGCCUAAAAUACAUUGACCAAACCGACUUAUUUUUAAUUUUGUCAACAAAGAGCUUUUUAUCAUGAGUCUACUGACAUGACAAAACUUGCUUAUGAAUUUUAAUUUGGUAUUCAUGAUAUGGAAAAUAUUAAAGUUUCAGUUUACUAUUAAUUUGAAACGGAUAUGUGAUUUAUUGGAUAGAGAAGUUCAAUUUUAAGCCCUGAAUGUAAACAUACGUGUUUACUAUGUGUUGAUAUGUCUUUUCAUAUAAGCUAUUAAUAUCCAAACUGGAGAGAAGGUGGCUGUUAAGGUGGUAUGUGAUGUUAUCAACUCUCAUUUGGCUCCUUCAUGAAUGUAAGCAUACGUGCUAUUUUUUGACACCCUCAUUGUCUAAGAUUGCAGGUUUGAGUUCAAAGGAUGGUAACUAAAAAGAUGAUGGAGCAAAAUUAACAUGUUUCCUUUGAGCACGCGUAUUAUUGACCAAAUUUGUGUCACUGUUGCAACAAUCUCACAUAUCAGAGCAUCAGCCAAUGAAUGGUUCUUUACUGGCUACACUGAGUGCAUCAAACAAACUUAUCUUGCAGUCAAGCAUCUGUUUGAAUGUAAAGAUGGUCAUGGCACUGAGGAUCCAAAUAUCAGACGGCGACAGGAAAUAUCAGAGGCUGCUGCUGCUCACGAAUCUGAGGAAAAGGUGCUGCCAGAACCAGGCGUGGGUUUGUUGCGAGCAAUCCUCCGGUAUACAAUUGUCUUUCUUGGCCGCAUCUCAUAAGGUCCUUGCUCAGUGAAGUCGGGUCAGAAGCGUUUCUGUUUCUGUUUCUGUUUGUCUGAUAUUAUCUUGUGGCGGGACGCGAGAUCCUAAGAAGACUAUGUAUUAGGAGGUUCUUCUUUUUCUUGCUUUUGCGCUAAUGCCUUGUGAGCAUGUCCUUCUUGCCUGCUUAUUUUUCCUUGCCGAAUUGGAGUUCUAUUAUUGUGAAAGGAGAUGCUUCUAUUGGAUGGAUGGCAGGCCUCUUAGAAAAGAGCAGGUAUGCCAAAAGAGGCUUUGCUUCAGUAGUGAAGUUUGUUGAGGUUUUGAUCUUGAGUUUGGUUUUGCAUUUGAAGAGGCCUUGCUUUUGGUUUUGUAUCAGUUUUUUAACCUGUUCUAUGCUGUCAGUGGUGUUAAUAAUGAUGAAAGUUUAUUAGUGUUGGUUUGGAAUGGCAUCAGUUGCAGAGCCUAUCAAUCUGAGUUAGUGCUUUUAUUUCUUUUAGUCUUGGUGUUUGUUUCCUGGUAUCUCAGUUUAGAUUUUCCAAAAGAUUGGUGUACUAGAUCAUAGUUGAAUUGGAGGUCGUUGUAAUCAUGGAGUAUUCUUUGUAAUCAGGGUUAUUGUGUUGAGUAGUGAUUUUAGCAUACCUUGUGCCUAAGUCACUCAUUAAUAAAUUUUUGCAUUUUCAAAUAAAAUAUAAUCAAGUAAUUUGCUCCUCUA